GACCCGCACUCCGUGCUGCUCUGUUCCAGCCAGAGACAGCUUCCUCCGGGCUCGGAAUGCGGAAACAGCAACUAUGGGCCAUGGCCUUCCUGGCCCUCCUGUCCGCACAGGUCUUUCCCCACACCGACAUCAGUAUCCAUUCAGCCCUGUCAGAGGUGCCUCAGAUGUCCCUGCUGUGUCCCCUGUUCUGGACAGAGUUCAAAAGUCACUGUUACAGAUUCUUCCCCAUCAACAAGACCUGGGCUGAGGCUGACCUGCACUGCUCUCAGUUUACCAUCGGUAGGAAAUCUGCCAAGCUGGCUUCCGUUCACAGCUGGGAAGAGAAUGUCUUUGUGUGUGACCUGGUGAACAGCUGUGUUCCUGACAUCCCAGCUGACAUCUGGAUGGGCCUUCAUGACCUUAGGCAGGAAGGGCAGUUUGAAUGGACUGAUGGCUCCCCUUAUGACUACAGUUACUGGGACAGGAGCCAGCCUAGUGAUGGCAUUCAUACAGAUUCAGAAGAGGACUGUGUGCAGAUGUGGUACCGGCCCAGCAGCGCACUGAGGUCCUGGAAUGACAACGCUUGCCACAGGACGUUCCCCUUUGUCUGCAAGAUCCCAUCGCUGAGCGUUCUCUGA